AUGACGCCCGUGGCGCUCUUCCGGCCGUGGACGUCGGACGUCGGCGCCGACGCCGACGCCGAGGCGGAGCCCCGCCCGCUGUCGCAGGAGAAGCUGUCGGCGCUGCUGCCCGUGUCCUACGAGUCGCGGCUGUCCUCCAUCAUCUCGUCGGCCGCGGACGCCGGCCAGCAGCCGUCGCCUCCCGCGUCGCCUCUCCGGACGAGCUGCCAGCGCUCGGCCGCAGCGCCGGAGGGCGCCGAACCGUCAGCUGGGCCGCCGGGAACCACGCGACGCGACAGCCGACCCGCGAACGGGCCGAGCGCCGCGCAGGGGCCCGUUCCGCCACCGCCGCCGCCCCCGCCGCCGCCGCCACCACCUCCGCCGCCCCCACCGCCGCCCCCGGCAGUGGACUACCUGUCGGAGCUGUACCUGGCGUACAGCUGCGGCUACGGCCCGCUGCUGGCGCCGUACCCGGCCGGCGCGCACUUGCCGGCGCCGAGCCCGGAGGCGCAUCUACAGCAGCAGCAGCAGCGCAAGCUGAGGCCCAAGAAGCACCGCUGCCCGCACUGCCACGUCGCCUUCAGCAACAACGGUCAGCUGCGGGGCCACGUGCGCAUCCACACAGGCGAGCGUCCAUUCCGGUGCAGCUGCGGCAAGAGCUUCACGCGCAACGAGGAGCUGACUCGCCACAAGCGCAUCCACUCCGGGGUGCGGCCGUACGCCUGCUCCGUCUGCGAGAAGCGUUUCGGUCGCAAGGACCAUCUUAAGAAGCACGCGCGCACGCACGCACCGCCGCUGGCCGUGCCGCUGCAGUUCCCGCUGCCCUACCCGCUGCCCUUCUUGUACGGGCUGUAA